AUGUAUAUCACUAAUAAUAAUCAUUAUUGUUGUGCAAGCCAUUGUCAUGAUAUUGAUGAAAGAUCUGAAGUUGAUGGAAAGGCCAAGAAGAAGCUGAUCAUAGCUAGUUUAUUAUGUCUUAUAUUCAUGGUGGGAGAGAUGGUAGGUGGUCUAGUAGCUGGUAGUUUAGCUAUUAUCUCUGAUGCUGCCCAUCUUCUCACUGACUUUGCUAGUUUCAUGAUCAGCUUAAUGGCUUUGUACUUAGCUCAAAGGAGAGCCACAAAGAAACUUAGUUUUGGAUGGUAUAGAAUUGAAAUUCUUGGUGCAUUUUUGUCCAUUUUAAUGUUAUGGGUUUUAACAGGAAUCUUGUGUUAUUCGGCUGUCAAUAGAAUUAUAGAUACCACCUAUUCAAUAAACGCUGAUGUCAUGUUAAUAACUGCUGGUUGUGGCGUAGCUUUUAAUCUGGCAUUGGGAUUUACGCUACAUCAAAGUGGACACACCCACAGUCAUCUAGGAGGAGGACAUUCCCAUGGCAACCAUUCUCAUGACUCUAAGAAACAUGACACAAAUCAUUCCCACAAUUCCCACAAUGAGUCCGAACAUGGUCACAGUCAUAAUCGUAAAAGUAAAAGUAAAAAUAAUAUCAAUGUCAAGGCUGCCUUUAUUCAUGUGAUCGGUGAUUUGUGUCAGAGCAUCGGAGUCCUUGUUGCGGCCUUCAUUAUUUAUUUCAAGCCUGAAUGGAAGAUUGCUGAUCCUAUCUGCACCUUUUUAUUUUCGUUGUUUGUUAUUGUAACUACUGUUACCAUACUGCGAGAUAUUAUAGUUGUUCUUAUGGAAGGUACACCACGUCAUUUAGUAUUUGGAGAUAUUCGAGAUGCUUUCUAUGAAAUUGAAGGUAUUAAAGAUAUCCAUAAUUUACGAGUGUGGUCUCUUACCAUGAACAAGAUAGCUCUAUCAGUCCAUAUUGCUGUCUAUUCAUCAGCAGAUACUCAGUCAGUAUUAAAAAUGGCCUCAAAUAUGAUAAAAGAGAAAUUUGAAAUCACAGAAACAACGAUGCAGAUAGAAGAAUAUGUGGAGGAAAUGUUGGACUGUUCUCGAUGUCAGGAUCUGAAAGACUAA